AUGGAUUAUCGACCUUCAAAACGUGUCAAACGUGACAGUGGCACGACGUCUUCUGAGAUAGUGGCCGGUGAGACUGUAGAUGCAGCAGGCGUCAGAGCAAGACGAGCACGCUUUCUGAGCUCCAUCUCUCGACCUAUCUCUCCUCCAGGUACUUCUCGGUCGGGGACGGGCACACCUCAACCCGAAACCAGCACAGCCUCGAUAUCAGACCAAGGUUCAGCACAGCCUCCAGCCUCUCAGAAGAGGGAACACAGAACGCGCACGCUUCGCGAGGGUGAGCCUACUGCGACUCGGAAGCCCAACGGCCAAGAUCGGCAUGUCAGAUACAUCCCUUCGCCGUUCAGGUUGACCUCGAUUCGGGAUCUCCCUGCUUCGGGAAACAACGACACCGUCUCCCUGCAUGGCAUACUUGGCAACCCUCUCAUUAAGGAAGCGUGGAUCUUCAAUUACUGUUUCGACGUCGACUGGCUGAUGACCUUCUUCGACCCGGACAUCCGGCCACAAGUCAAGGUCAAAGUCGUCCAUGGCUCGUGGAAGAGAGACUCGGAGAACAGGAUCGCCAUCGACGAAGCCUGCAAGAGAUGGCCAAACGUGGAGGCCUUGACAGCGUAUCUGCCCGACCAAUUUGGGACACACCAUAGCAAGAUGUUUGUGCUCUUCACCCAUGACGACCUCGCCCAGGUGAUCAUCCACACCGCGAACAUGCUGCACAAGGACUGGACGAACAUGACGCAGGCCGUGUGGCAGACUCCCCCACUGCCAAAACUCGCGAAAAAGCCCAGCGACACCGUGGGCAACAUUGGCUCCGGAUCGCGAUUCAAGUACGACCUCGUCCAGUAUCUGACGGCUUACGGCAACAAGACAAGAUCACUGAGAGAGCAACUUGUCACCUAUGACUUCAGUAGUGUACGAGGCGCCCUCAUCUCAUCGGUCCCAUCUCGCAUGAAGGACUUUAGUAUUGAGUCUACUGUCAAGGAACUCUGGUCACAAAAGCUCUACGGAUAUCCUAGCCUCUUCCGCGCCCUGAAGACGAUCACUACACAUGAUUAUGAUGAGGAGAAGGUGGCGUUGAAGAACGAUGCACCCUCUCACCCGCAUGUGGUAUGCCAAGUAUCCUCCAUCGCGACCUUGCCAGUGACAUGGCUCAAUCAGUUCUUCCCUCCACUCUCUGGCUACAAGUCAGGCCAAAAAAUGUGGGAUCACAUCUCGAUAAUCUUCCCUACGCCCUCCAAUGUCGCGGCGUCUCUCGACGGCUACGCGUCCGGAGGGUCCAUCCACACCAAAGCACAGAGCGCGGCACACCUCAAGCAGAUCGCGACGCUGAAGAGGUCUCUAUGUCAGUGGACCCAAGGGCCCCAACUGGGUGCCAGAGCAGGUAGAGAUCAAGCCGCACCGCACAUCAAGACAUAUGUGCGGUUCAAGGAGAAACCAUCCGUCCACAACGCGACUCCUGGCGUCGAGUGGGCUCUGCUGACCAGUGCGAACCUGUCGACUCAAGCUUGGGGCACUCUGAGGGAGAAGGAGAAGGUCAAGGAGAUUGUGGUGCAGAGCUAUGAGAUUGGUGUUCUCGUGUGGCCCGAAUUGUUCGAUGGUGGAUUCGACACGGGAGAAAAUGAGCGGCAUGGGACCAGGCAUUCUGAGAACGACGACGACGACGGCCAGGCUCAGACUCAGACUCAUGCUCGUGACGACAAAAGCACAGCGAGAAUGGUUCCCGUGUUUGGAAGUGACGAUCCGAAGGAGUUCAUUGUGAAAGCUGGCCCAGCUCCUAGUGAUGGCAACGACGAUGGUGACGGUGAUGGCAGGACCACACUCGUCGGGUUGAGAUUGCCGUACGAUCUACCUUUGACAUCGUACGAGCAUGGUGACAUGCCGUGGUCUCCGCAAGGGACGUAUGAUGUUCCAGAUCGCCAGGGACGUCGUUGGCCGAGGGACUUUUAUUGA